GGGGAGUGAGGGAGGAGCCUGGAGGCCCCGGAGCCUGGCUUCUUCUGAUGCCGGGAGAGCCGAGGGCUUGGCUGUCCCGUUGUCGUAAUUAGCAUCGACCCGCGGGGCCCGUGAGAUUCCUAAAUCAUUGCCGGUUCAGUGGUGACAGAGAACCGGUUCCAGAGACUCAGCUCUGCCGCGCUUCGGAAUCGGCGGAAGACUUUUAAGAAUUCGGAUGCCCGGGCCCCCAUCCCAGACCAUUCGAAUUCGAGUGUCUAGAAGUGGGGCCCGGGCAUCGGUGUUUCUAGUGAAGCUCGCCCACGUGAUUCCGGGGUGCCGAGUAAAAGUCUGGAAAGUGAAUUCGGACUUGGGCCGUGCAGCCCAGGGCAGCCUCAUCCUUGGAGGGAUGUCCGGAAUAUUGGCCCGUCCGCUCAAAACUUGGCGUUUUCUUUCUUUUACCUCACACUUUGACCUCUGUGGGAAGUCCUAAAGUUUGGUGGAAGUUACCUGGAGAACAUUUGGCACCGGUAGUCUUUAAAGGGCCUUAUCGGUGAAAGGGGAGAAUGCCUGCCCACUUUUCUUCCUCAGUAGCUGAGUGGAGCUGAACCAGGGACCAACGAAGUAGCUUUUACCUCUGAAAUCAUGGGAGUCCCUUAGUACAGAUCACAUGGUUCUGAACAGAUAAUUUUAUCGUUUUCAGGAAUGAUUUUUAAAGUCGUUUCAUAGGCUAGGUUCUGUAUUCAGCUGUUUUGCACCUGAAGUCAGAACAACAUUACUCGAAAGUCUAGACUAAAGAUUAGUAACACUUCUGGGCUUAUUCACUCACGGUUACCGUGAUUUGUGCGGUGGAGAUAACCUUUACCAAUACGACGUCUAUAAUACAGUUUAUAACAGCCCCCCGGGGAUGGCAAUGCAAACAGAUACCGUAUAUUUUUAAAGAUCGUUGGUUAGUAACUUGGGAUGGGUAUAAUCAAAGGCAGGUUCACAGUACGGAGUUCAGAUCUCUGUUUGUUGCUGCCCUGGGAAAGUACACAAAUGAAAGCUCCAGAGAGACAUUUUCAUUCUAAAACUGACAGACAGUGAAGGAUUACUUUGUUUUUUAGGAUCCAGCAUUUAAGGGUGGGGUGAGAUGAGCAGGAUGGGGGGGGGGGGCAGAGUGGAAUUGAACAAUUACAGCCAGAGUGGAGGCUGGAGGGAUUACAAACUCAGUGCAAAACUCUUGGAGCUCCUUCCCUCCGAUAGGAAAUCCAGCCAUAGAACAGUUGGACAAGUGAGAAAACAGCAUAACCGCCGUUGAUCAAAGAUCAGAUGCAAAUAUUUUUGAAAACCUACUAACGUGGGGCGCCUGGGUGGCUCAGUCAGUUAAGUGUCCAGCUCUGGAUUUCGGCUCAGGUCAUGAUCUCACGUGAUUCGUGAGCUGGCGCUCCGUGUCCAGCUCUGCGCUGACAGUACAGAUACUGCUUGGGAUCCUCUCUCUCUUUCUCUCUCUCUCUGCCCCUCCCCCUCUCAUAUGCCUGCCGCACACACGGGCAUGUGCUCUCUCUCUCAAAAAAAAACCCAAAAGCAUAUUAAACAUAUUAAUGUAUUUAAACGUCUGCUUCCUGAAAAGAUUUGGAACUUUACAAUUAUUUGAGUGACUACUCAGUUUCUUUAGGGAGGGAGGAGGAGGAGGAGAGGCUAUUAUCAGGAAACAACAAUCGCACUAGCAUCCAAAGGCAGGGAAAUACAGCUCUGGUUUUUAUGCCAGAAGGAAAAUAGGACAUUUAAAAGAAAGAGCUUGCAGAAUCCAUGCCUACAAGUAAUUGUUUAAAUAAGUGGGGCAUAGUCAGUGGCAUAUAAAUUCAGAAAAGACAGCGAUUAAAUGGAAUUACUGUGUAUGUGUUUAUACAAGUCAAACUUGAAAUAAAGCUCCUGAAAUCUCCUGGUGGUCUUAACCACUUUAAACUAGUCAUGGCUUUUGCUGGUAUGCUCUGAACUGUGAGGGAUACACUUGCAGUGUGGGGAACUUACUGUUUCCCCGUUUGGGCUGUAUUACUCUUCUGUCCUCCUUAGUUACCCCAGUUUUCAACACUCCUAUUGGCUGUUGUGUUCAUGAGUAAGAGUAACUUUGAGUGGCCUCAUAGUUCACUUAAGAUUCUGCUGUUAGCCACAUGGGGAUUUGGGGAACUUGCAAAUAAAUCCACUCACAAAUCCAUCACCCGGCUGACAAGUUAAACAGUGCCAUUUGUGGGUGGAAUGUUAUUUGUUUUCGUUUUUGUUGUUUAAAGAACGCCUAACUGCAUCCUUUCAGUCUCUGUCCAUCCCCGUGCUGCACCUUCCUUUGUGACAUUACUUCUAACUGCAUCACCCAGAAGAGAGGAAAUUGGGGUUUGGGGUUGAAGGGUUGAGAAGGAAGUAAAACUUUUUUGGCUCCCUCACCCAUCAGUUUUAACGAUAGUCGUUAUAGACAGAUGCGGGCUUUCUGAACUCAGUAGCAAGUGCCCUUGUAGGAGGCCUUUGUGCGGCCAAGACGAGCUUGGACUCCUGAGGGUGGGAGAAGGCCAUUCAGUCUUGAGCCAUCUUUUUGUUUGUUUGUUUAAUGUUUGUUUAUUUUUGAGAGAGAGUGUGUGAGCAGGGGAGGGGCAGAGAGAGAGAAGGAGACACAGAAUCCGAAGCAGGCUCCAGGCUCCGAGCUGCCAGCGCGGAGCCUGACGCGGGGCUCGAACCCACGAACCGUGAGAUGGUGACCUGAGCCAAAAUUCGACUGAGCCACUCGGGCAUCCCUUCAGCCAUCUUUGAUGUCCACAAUACCCGCAGGGACCACGCGAAGACACAGGAGGGAGCCCACGAGGGCAUCAAGGGAUUGACAUUGCCCUCAGGCAGCUGGGGGUGGGGGGCAGGAAGCAGUGCUGUCAGAAACCCUCCUUUUAUUAUCUUAGCUGAGGAAGUUCCUACUAGUACAAGCAUUAUUGGAAGAUACCUUCUCUGAGAGGGUUAUUACUGCAUAUCCAGAAAUUCCUUAGAAUCACACGACCCAAUUUAUGUCACUUACAUUUCUCAUUGUGCCUUCGUUUAUUCUGCACGGUCUCCAGCGGACCCCCUUCUACCCUGAAACAUAUACCGGAGGCCUCAAUUCGAUCCGCCAGAGUAUCUGGUUGGUUCAGAGAGCCACAUCGCUGGGAGCCUUAUCAGAAAGGUUUGACUCCAGGGCCUUUAGCCAGCAUAACUUAAUGAUUGGCUCGAUGGGUUUCGAAGCAAACAAAUCAAAGCAGCUCCACCAUCCCCUUAGGAGAAAAGCUGCUGUUCAGUCCAGGAAGACGUGUGCCAUAAGAGAGUAGGAGACACUCCCAAAGAGAUUCAGUGCCCAUUUGGUCUUCCACCAUCACAGAUGGCAGCAAUGGCGGCAGCCUGGAAAACUACGGAGCCUUGGUCUUCUCAUCCCGUAUACGCAAGAUACUGGCGACACUACCAUCAGGCGAUGGCCUGGAUGCGAAGCCACCAUAAUGCCUACAGGAAGGCCGUGGAGUCUUACCUCACCGGCCCGUGGUUCUUCCCUCCUGCGGCUCUCCCCAGAAGCUCUUACACUGACAAGGCCGGGUCUCCUUGGUCCUCUCGUGACCGCCCCCCGGCCCCUCCGGACUCACGCCGCGGCCACUCACAUACUAGAAGGUCCGGGCAGCGUCCGCGGGCCUGCGCGACAGAAGAGCGGGCUCGGCCCGCAGAGGAGGAGGCGGACAGCGAGUCGGACGGGGGUGUGGAGUGCGACCUGAGCAACAUGGAGAUCACCGAGGAGCUGCGCCAGUACUUCGCAGAGACCGAGCGGCACCGGGAGGAGCGACGGCGGCAGCAGCAGCUGGACGCCCAGCGCCUGGACGACUACGUGAACGCCGACCACGGCCUGUACUACGGCACCCGGCGCUCGGUGGAGCCCCCCUCCGAGAGGCCCGGCGAGCGGCGCCAGGCCGAGAUGAAGCGCCUGUACGGGGACAGCGCCGCCAAGAUCCAGGCCAUGGAGGCCGCCAUGCAGCUGAGCUUCGACAAGCACUGUGACAGGAAGCAGCCCAAAUACUGGCCGGUCAUUCCGCUCAAGUUCUGAGCCCGGGGUGCAGCGUGCCCAGCCAUCACCCCCUUCCCCUCCCGCGCAUCUUCUCAGGGAAAUGUCUCUCAGCCCGAGAAUAAGGCAUGUUCACCAAACUCCCAGGGGGCCCACCACAGGGGUAACACGUCGGCCGCUUGAAGUCGGCGAGACGGAUACUGUCGCCAACAUGAAAGGUUUUCUUUUGGCCUAAAGUGAUGAUUUCAUGUAGAUUAUACUUGGUUUUGAGGUUAAUAUUCGGUUCAUUAAAGUCCUCUUUUUGCCACUGCCUAGUGUUUUUGGUU